GUCCCUCGGACACAGUGGAUCACUGAUCACGGAAAGAGCCGAAGAUGUCGGCUCGGUCAUGUGAUCAGCUGUGUCCAAUCACAGCUGAUCACUGAUCAUCAGAGCACUGAUGAUCAGCGUGCCCUGAUGAUCUGUGUAGCCCCAGCAGUGCCACCUGUCAGUGCUCAUCAGUGCCUCGUGCCAGUGCCCAUCAGUGCCACAUCAAUGCCACAUAUCAGUGCCUACCAGUGCACAUCAAUGCCACAUAUCAGUGCCCAUGUGAGCUGCCUUUCAGUGUCACCCAUCAGUGCCACCUAUCAGUGCCAGUCAGUGCCACCUAUCAGUGCACAUCAGUGCCGCCUAUCAGUGCCAGUCAGUGCCGCCUAUCAGUGC